GAGGUCCAUGCCUAUCCGUCGGGCCGUCCACACCACAGACCACACCGCAUUUACGCACGAGCGCGUGGCCGCGGGGGAGAGACUUGCUUCCCACGCCUUUUUUUGGUAGUGGCCUCCGUAUCCAUCGAUUUUCCUCCUAAAAUCCUAAUAAUCUCCCCCGCGCGCGCCGCGCUUUUGCCACACGCCAAACACCUUCCUCCAUGUUCUAAACUUGCAAUCCUUCCUAAUCCCGGUCCCCAAGCACAAGCAUCCUCCUCUAUCUAUCCACCACCACCCCUAUAUAUAUAUAAACGCACCUGGCACCAGCCACAAAAAGACUCAGCACGAGGCUACGAGAGCAAGGCAAGGCCAGCUCGAGACAAGGCUUGGCCAACAGAAACAACCACCACCACCAACAGCAGCAGAGGCACCGAAGCAACAACAAAGGCGCACGCGAGAAACAAGAACAAGGCGGAUCGCAGCAACAACUGCAAACUGCGCAUGGCGAUGGCCGUGAGCGCGGAGAGGUGGACGCGGGUGCGGACGCUGGGCCGCGGCGCGUCCGGGGCAGAGGUGUUCCUGGCCACCGACCACGAUUCCGGGGAGCUGUUCGCGGUCAAGUCCGCGCCGGCGUCGUCGGCGGGCGCCGCGGAGCUGCUGCGGCGGGAGCGGGGGAUCAUGGCGGGCCUCCGCUCGCCGCACGUCGUCCCUUGCAUCGGCGGCCGUGGCGGGCGCGACGGCUCGUACCAGCUCUUCCUCGAGUUCGCGCCCGGCGGGUCGCUGGCCGACGCCGUGGCCAGGAAUGGCGGCGGGCGCGGGCUCGAGGAGCGCGCCGUCGCGGCGUACGCGGCCGACGUGGCCGCGGGCCUCGCGUACGUCCACGGGGCAGGGCUCGUGCACGGCGACGUCAAGCCGCGGAACGUCGUCAUCGGUGGCGACGGCCGCGCCAUGCUCGCUGACUUCGGGUGCGCGAGAUCGGCGGAGGCCGUCGGCGGGCCGAUCGGAGGCACGCCGGCGUUCAUGGCGCCGGAGGUGGCGCGCGGGGAGGCGCAGGGACCACCCGCUGACGUCUGGGCGCUGGGAUGCACCGUCAUCGAGAUGGCCACCGGCCGCGCGCCGUGGCGCGGCGUGGACGACGUGCUCGCCGCCGUGCGCCUCAUCGGGUACACGCACGCCGUCCCUGAGGUGCCCCGGUGGCUCUCCGCGGACGCCAAGGACUUCCUGGCCAGAUGCCUGGCGCGGCGCCCCAGCGACCGGGCCACGGCGGCGGAGCUCCUCGAGCACCCGUUCAUCGCCUCCGCCAGCGGCAUCUCCAACUGCCGGGCGGCGCUGGACCUGGACGCCGCCGCCAAGGGCAGGUGGGUGUCGCCGAAGAGCACGCUGGACGCGGCAUUCUGGGAGUCCGACAGCGACGACGACGAGCACGACGUGGUGUCGGCACAGAGCACCGCCGAGCGGAUCGCGGCGCUGGCCUGCCCCGCUUCGGCGCUGCCGGACUGGGACUCCGACGAGGACUGGAUCGAUGUGCUGUCCACACCAGCCGAAGCAUCGUCGUCCGACGCGACGAACGCGCCGGCGGACGAGGAGGUCCCUUACCUCGACGACGGCGGUGCCGGAACCGAGGAAGAAGUGGCGAGGGCAGAGGCCGCCGAGUCCCUCGACAUUGACGUCGACGGCGCCCACAAUGUAGGAGAAGCUGACGCUUCACCUGAUCACGAGUGGCAUCUCCGUGUCAGUUCACCCUGUGUUGGUGAAACUCCAUGUAAAUUACUGUGUGACACAAACAAUGCAAUGGAUUUCGUUCUUGCCCCAAUUCUGCUCUGUUCAUCAACCCCGUUUUGGAUUUCCAGAAUUUUUCUUCUUUUCGUUUCAAAAAAAAUCCUCCCUUUCUGGCAUAAAGAAUCGCGGACGCGAACAUUCCUGUUAGCUGCUUUCGAAUUCACACGUAAAAUUCACCGCUGCGCUGCGCGUACAGGUGUAAAACCGUGAGGACACCAGUCUUUU